GCGCCGCGUGCGGAGCGGCGGCCGCGGCUGACCGCGGGCCAAUCGGGGCUCGCCUUACUGGGCGGUGGGGAAGCCGCAGCAGCCAAUGGGAAGCGGCGUUGCUGAGCCUGUGAGAGAGGCUCAGAACUAGAGCCUGGGCGCUGGCGGUGCUGCGGCCGUGAGGCGACGCCAAGGCCCGGCCAGGCGGUGAAAAGAUCUUACAGAUGGCAGAUAACAGUAAAGCAGAAGAUGCUGCCUCGGAUUCUGUGGAAGCUGCUAAAGGAACAGGUGACAAAAAAGAAAAGUUAGCAGACCAGGUAAUGCAGAAUCCACAAGUCUUGGCAGCUUUGCAGGAGAGACUUGAUAACGCCCCUCAUACUCCUUCCAGUUACAUUGAAACCUUACCAAAAGCAGUCAAAAGAAGAAUUGAUGCCUUGAAACAGCUUCAGGUGAAAUGUGCCCAUAUAGAAGCUAAAUUUUAUGAAGAAGUUCAUGAUCUAGAGAGAAAAUACGCAGCACUCUACCAGCCUCUCUUUGAUAAGAGAAGGGAGUUUAUCACUGGCUGUGCUGAACCUACAGAUGCAGAGGCAGAAUGGCACAGUGAAAAUGAGGAAGAAGAGAAACUAGCUGGAGACCUGAAAAAUAAAGUAGUAAUAGAAGACAAAGAAGCAGGAGCAGCUGAAGAGUCCAGUCCCAAAGGAAUACCAGAUUUUUGGUUCACAAUAUUUAGAAAUGUAGAUAUGCUGAGCGAAUUAGUACAGGAAUAUGAUGAGCCAAUUUUGAAACACCUGCAAGAUAUCAAAGUGAAAUUUUCUGAGCCAGGACAGCCAAUGUCUUUCACAUUAGAGUUCCACUUUGAGCCCAAUGACUACUUUACUAAUUCGCUUCUGACAAAAACUUACAAGAUGAAAUCAGAGCCAGAUAAGUCAGAUCCUUUUUCAUUUGAAGGCCCUGAAAUUGUUGACUGUGAAGGAUGUACUAUUGACUGGAAGAAAGGAAAAAAUGUUACAGUUAAAACAAUAAAGAAGAAACAGAAACACAAGGGGCGAGGCACAGUCAGAACAAUUACUAAACAAGUACCCAAUGACUCCUUUUUCAACUUCUUCAGUCCAAUAAAAGCUGCUUUGACCACUGAAUGGAGGACUGAAAAGAGAUUGUAUAAGAAAAAGAAAAGAUUGAAACAUGUUGGGUCUUCCCCAAAGACUUCAUCUUCUGCACUUCUGUAUGCUUCUGUUUCAGGAGAUGGAGAAUCACUGGAUGAAGAUUCAGAGUGUACGUUAGCUAUAGACUUUGAAGUUGGGCACUUCUUCCGUGAAAGAAUAGUGCCCCGUGCUGUACUCUAUUUCACUGGUGAAGCUAUAGAAGAUGAUGAUAACUUUGAAGAAGGAGAGGAAGGAGAAGAGGAGGAAUUGGAAGGUGAAGAAGAAGGAGAGGAGGAGGAAGAUGCAGAAAGUGAACCUAAGGUGUAAUUUAAGUCUGUUUAUCAUUCAUUCAUUUAUAGAAAGAUGCCAGCCAGCCUGCUGAAUGCAAACAACAAUAAGGAAAUACCACUUCAGAGUGAUAUUUGAACAACCUGUAACAAACAUUUGGAUACCUGGCCUGCAGUUCAGGAUAUUCUAUUGCUGCAGCACAAUCUUAUUAACAAUGCUUAAAACUAAAUUGUUUUCAAAUGCAUGAUUUUCACUAACUUUUUUCUUAUUUUUGCUUAACUUGUACAGUGGCAACUUAAUGCAUUUGAGAAAUAUGAGGUUUAAUUAAAGCACACUCUACAGCCUUUGGUACACUGUAGUUCAAUUGCCUCAAUAGGCUUUCCAAUUAAAAUUUUAAAAUAUCCCUUCUGAAAAACUUGCCCUCAGUACAAAGUAAUUUUUGUCUAAAUACUGUGAAAUAGUUCACAUAAAAAUAUAUUAAAUUAAUUAAUUAAAAUACAUAACAGCAAAAACAAAGCAAUAUGAUUUCUUCUAGCUCUUUUCCCCCUUUAAAAUAUGUUUCCAGCAGCCUUCUAAUCAGAAUAGUGCUACAGAGCAGCAUUAAACAUUGUCAUCUCCAGUAAAGGUAAUCUGAAUUUGAAGUAACAUUUCCUUUACCUUCUUGAAAGGAUGUGGUGGUGGUUGAGAGAUCUUAGUUGUUCACCUUAUUUAUUCAUGUUUGUAAGUACUUUGAUGAACUAGUGCUUUUAAUAGUUUUAAAUAUACUUGAAAAAUAUUUUUCCUGUUUAUAAAAUAUGGGUACUUGUACAUGGAAAACUCAUACUCUACUUACAGAAUGAUUGCUUGUCAAACACUCCAAAACAACAAACUGGGUAAGAAAUGGGCUUCAUAAUUUGAUGAAAAUGGGUUAUGGCACUAAUAUAUAUCACUGAUCUAACUUAGCCUACAUUACUAGGCCUUGUUCAGAUGAUCCUCCAGAUCUAGAUUUGGAAAAGUGGAGAGCUGCGGGUUCAUGCACUCCUUCUCCCCUUGUGUGUGCAGCUUGACUUCUCAGCUUUCUGUUUAGGGAAAAAUAGUUUUCUAUGAUAGUUAAACGGCACAUUCUGGUUUGGAGAUCAGAGGUUUGCUAACUUAGACAUCACUGCAAGUAAGAAAAUGAUGAUACACUGCACUCAAAAGCAUGGAAAGAUGGAAUGGUUUGAAUAGUUUAGAGAAUUGUCUGAGCUGAGCCCAUGAGAAUAACUUUAUUGGGAACAUAUAAAUUAAAUCCUAAGUAAAUGUGUAGUUCCGAUACUUGAUUUGCAAUACUCAAAUCACUCUGUACCACAUUUCCAUGGUUUUUAAAGCGCCAAAAUCUUUGAAAAGAUCUGUUCAGAAUUACAUUUCACAUUUCUUAACACAAUUAUGCCAGUUUCUGGCAACAGUUCAUUAGCAACUGUAUGAAUGCUGUUACCAGGCUUGUAGAGAGUGCUCCAGCCUUACCUUAUACAUUUGUAACUUAAUACGGUGUUUUCAAUUUGUACAGAAUAGUUAGAAUAUUAUAUUAAAGUUGUGAAACAUGAAA